GGCGCCCCCGCGCCGCCAUGUUGAGGAAGGGCAGCGCGGGCGGCACGGAGGCAGCGCGGGCACCGGGCGCCCUUGGCCGCGGAGUUCCGCGGCCGCCCCGGGAGCCCACCGCCGCCGCUGCCCUUGCCGCGGCGGACCCGCGCUCCGCGCUUGCUGCUCCCCGGACAGUGGCGGGUCGACCGCGUGUCGGCCGGUUUCCUCCCUUCUCCGGGCAGCAGCCCGCGGAGGCGCCAGCCCCGCCCCGCCGGGGCAGCGGCGCGGGCGGGAGCGGCCCUGCUUAACCGCGGCCCCGGGGGAAGGCCGCGGCUGGGCGAGCGCCUCAUCGCCAUCAGCGCCCGCGGCGGCGCUCCGCGUGACGUCGCGCCGGGAGGAGGCGCCGAUUGGCCGGCGCGGCCUAGCGCCAAUACGUGUCCGGCCGCGAUUGGCCCAUGGCGGAGCCGCGGCGGCGGCGGGCGCGGCGGUACCGCUUCGAGGACGGUCCGGCGGCGCUGGCCGUGCGCGUGCCCGAGGUGCUGGACUCGCAGUACGGCAUAUCGGUGCCGGUGUGAGUCUCCCCGGCGUGGUGGCCGCCAGGUGCGGUGCCCGGGUGAUCCUGUCGGACAGCGAGGAGCUGCCGCAGUGCCUGCGGAGCUGCCGCAGCAGCUGCCUCAUGAACCGCCAGCCCCACGUGCCCGUCCUCGGCCUCACCUGGGGCCGCGUGUCGCCAGAGCUGCUCUCUCUUGCGCCCAUAGACAUUAUUCUAGGCUCAGAUGUUUUUUUUGACCCCAAAGACUUUGAAGACAUUUUAACUACAAUUUACUUCUUGUUGGAGAAGAACCCACAUGCUCAAUUCUGGACAACAUACCAAGUCCGCAGUGCUGACUGGUCUAUCGAGGCUCUGCUCCACAAAUGGAAGCUGAAGAGCAUCCACGUUCCCCUGCACUCCUUUGGUGCAGACAAAGAGCACUUGGCCAGCUCCUCUAUGCCAGGAAGACACACAGUUGAAAUGAUGAUCAUCUCACCAGCACGGUCAGAGGGCACGUCACUUUAUUCCACUUCAGAUUUCAGUACAACGUGAUACUCAGCUGUUCACUGUAGCACAGAGCUGCAGAGAACAGUCCUGGUUACAGCAAACCUCAUGGAUAUUUUGGGGAAGCAGCAAUUCCUAAAACAUGCAGUGUAAAAAUAAAGCUGUUUGGUUUUCCA